CUUCCCCCGCCGCGGAGAUAACGCGGGCAAUCUGGCGCAAACAACCUCCCCUCCCUGUCUCUGCCCUGUCUCUCCCUCUUUCUCGCAAAUCGUUUGGAGGAGUCCACGAUUUUCUCCUUCGUCGGAGUUUCGGGCUUCGAUUUUCCGGUUGGGAGUUCCCGGCCUUUAACAUCUCUCCAAUUUUUCCCCUUUCGAGGAAAUGGCGUUCGUUUCCCCUUCUUGUUCUUCAUCACAUGCCUCCCUUUCCAAGUUCUUCUCCCCUUCCUUGAGGUCUUUUGCAGACAUCUUCCCUAGAAGUUUCUUGAAUCCCAGGUCACGACAUUUUGGCGGCGCUAGAACUAGGAGUGCUUCCACUGGGUCUUGUACGUGUUCCUCUUCUCCUCUGAUGGACGUCGGCUCUGCUUCUCUCGGCGAGAUCACGCGGGUGGAUUUUCCGAUCCUAAACCAGGAGGUGAAUGGUUCCCGCCUGGUGUAUUUAGAUAAUGCAGCUACUUCUCAAAAGCCAUCUGCUGUUUUGGAUGUUCUACGUGAUUAUUAUGAGGGCUACAACUCAAAUGUUCACCGCGGUAUUCAUUACUUAAGUGCAAAAGCUACCGAUGCUUAUGAGCUGGCAAGGAAGAAAGUAUCAGUUUUCAUUAAUGCUUCAGAACCUAAAGAAAUUGUAUUCACAAGAAAUGCCACUGAGGCCAUCAAUCUAGUAGCAUAUUCUUGGGGCCUUGCCAAUCUCAAAUCUGGAGAUGAGAUUGUGCUGACAAUUGCUGAACAUCACAGUGCGAUAGUCCCUUGGCAAGUAAUCACUGAAAAAACGGGUUCAGUUCUGAAGUUUGUUAGUUUGACCAAAGAUGAGGUUCCUGAUGUUGAAGAGUUAAGAAAACUCCUUUCAAAGAAUACAAAGCUUGUUGUUGUGCAUCAUGUAUCAAAUACAUUAGGUUCUAUCCUUCCCAUCAAUGAAAUUGUGGGUUGGGCUCAUAAUGUUGGGGCUAAAGUGCUUGUUGAUGCCUGCCAGAGUGUUCCGCAUAUGGUGGUUGAUGUGCAGAAACUUGGUGUGGAUUUCCUUGUUGCAUCUUCCCACAAAAUGUGUGGACCUACGGGCAUUGGAUUUUUGUAUGGUAAAAGUGAGACUUUAGCUACAAUGCCUCCUUUUUUAGGUGGUGGAGAAAUGAUUGCUGAUGUAUUUCUAGAUCACUCAACUUAUGCAGAGCCACCUUCAAGGUUUGAAGCUGGAACUCCUGCAAUUGCAGAGGCUAUUGGGCUUGGUGCAGCAAUUGAUUAUCUCUCCAGCAUUGGCAUGCAGAGAAUUCACAAUUAUGAGUUAGAGCUGGCCAAUUAUCUCUAUCAUAGCCUUCAGUCUGUCCCGAACAUUCACAUCUAUGGCCCUGCCCCUUCAGAAACUGUUGAGCGUGCUGCUCUCUGUUCUUUCAACAUCACCAAUAUACAUCCAACCGAUAUUGCAACUUUUCUCGAUCAGCAGCAUGGUGUGGCCAUUAGGUCUGGUCACCACUGCGCCCAGCCGUUGCACAGAUUUUUGCAUGUGAACGCAAGUGCCCGAGCAAGCCUUUAUUUUUACAAUACCAAAGAUGAGGUUGAUAGGUUUAUUGAGGCCCUUAAAGAUACAGUGAGCUUCUUCACCUCUUUCCAGUAACAAAGCAGCCAUUUCGAAAGAAACUUGUGAAGACUGAGGGCAAACGGUGCCUCAUGGAAUCAGGCUCUGCAAAUAUACGUCUGGGAAAGGAAAAUCGAUGGAAUUGCAGACCGGGCAGCAAGCAAGCCGUUACUUGCUUCGUAAGGAGCGCAAUUUCGCCAGUUCCUUCUCCGGGAAGGAUUAACUAAGAUGUCUCCGAACAAGGCAACUAUUAUCUGGUUCAUCGAUAAGGACUUUUCUUUCCUGCAGCCCCAAAACGAUCCUGAUCGGAUCAACCGAAUCAUUUUCCUAGUCACUUGUGGUUUUAAUGCUUCACAAUUCACUCCGUUUCACUCCUUUCCCUGUGAACCCCUUGGUCACUUAUACCUGCGCGUCAUCUACUCCCAGCUUUUUUCUUAUGAUCAACGGCGGACCUAGGUUCUGCCACACCCGCUCAACUUGAGUUCCAAUAGAAAGGUGGGGUGCAAGGUGUGCAGUGCUCACUUAGAUCCAAUCUUAUCCUAAUAAGUUGUCCCUGAUUGGGCUUCCUGUUGUCGGACCCGCCCUGGUCUAGAUUUCUGUCUCUGCCAUUAGCUGAGUUGUCUCUCUCUCGACAGCAGAGGGUGAUUGAGGUGGAAAGUGAUUUUUCCCUGGAGGGAGUGGACAAUCUGGGUCAUGCCACAACCGGCAACCAUUGAU